UGUGAUCCUGGUUUCUAUGGAAGUGAAUGUCAGUCAAACUGUUCACCAAAGUGUUCUCAAACUGGUUCUAUUUGUGACAAAACUAAAGGAAAUUGUUUGGAUUGUCAGCCUGGUUUCUAUGGCUUCAAUUGUACCACACCUUGUUCAUCCAACUGUAAGGAUUCAGUUUGUGACAUUAUAAAUGGUAACUGUGUAAGUUGUAAAUCUGGAUACUAUGGAAACAUGUGUACCAACGUGUGUUCCAAGAAUUGUAAAGACUAUAUUUGUGACAUCAACUCUGGCAAUUGUACAAACUGCAAAUCUGGUUUAUAUGGCACUAAUUGUACGACAUCUUGUGCUACCAACUGUAAAGAUUCAUUCUGUGAUAUCAACUCUGGUAUUUGUAUAAGCUGUAAGGCUGGCUUCCAAGGUGAUAAGUGUGAUAAAGGUUAGUAAUAUGAUGCAAAGACUAAAUCCACACAAAUAGUGUAAGAAAAAAAGUAAAAUAUAUAGUCCACCAAUGUGUUUCAAUUAACAUGUCUCACAUGUUCCUUAUAAUUGUAAAUAUGUUAUCUCUUUGUCAAAUCUAUGUUAUAUCACGAAUGAACAAGAAUGUUGUUUUAAAUCUAGAUCUUUUAGUGAUUGUGAAUUGUAUUGUAUCUUCACAGAAUGCAGUAACGCCACCUAUGGUGAAAGUUGUAAAUCCAGUUGUAGUUCCAACUGUAACACAAAUUCAAGUUCAGUUCGAUUCUGUGACAUUAAAAAUGGUCGUUGUUUAAAUGGAUGUCGAAGUGGAUUUGAAGGACUUGAUUGUACCACAGGUGAGUUAAUUUAA